UUUGGCUUCUAACCUCCAACUUGUCUGUGGUGAGCAUAGCUUCCUAUGUUAAGGACGCCACUUCUCACUCUCUUUCAAAUUCCCUCCCCUGCAUUAUCUCUAUAUAUUUUCAAGUACAUUUUUCCACCUUAUAAUUGCUUGGUUCCUCUGUCUCUGAGAAUUCAACAGCCUUUGCUUCUUGACUCACUAGCAUUAGUAGUAUCAACACAGAAUGAUGUCAAUGAAAUGCCAGAAUCUUGAUUUUUCUCGACUUGGGCCUGAUUUUGCAGCUUUCGGGUUCUCAUAUAAUGCUUCAUUUGAUAGAUAUAUGAUUGGAAAACGUUGUAAUGGAGUUCCUAGAGCUGUCCAAAAUGGCUAUGGUGCUCAGAGGUUGUUCUGUUUCCGGCAAGACAUUGGAGCAACUGAAGCUUCUAUCGAAGGGGUCGCACCGAUUCCUGCACCACUGGAGGAGGUGAAAACUGGCUCAAGAAGUCCAAUAUCUCUAGUGAAUUUGUUUGAGCUUGUUGCGGAUGACCUGAUCAUAUUGAAUAAUAAUUUGCAGUCGAUUGUUGGUGCAGACAAUCCAGUUUUGAUGUCCGCUGCAGAACAGAUCUUUAGCGCCGGUGGAAAGAGGAUGAGACCUGCUUUGGUUUUUCUAGUGUCAAGAGCCACUGCAGAAUUUGUAGGCUUGAAGGACCUUACUAAAGAACAUAGACGUCUGGGGGAGAUCAUUGAAAUGAUCCAUACUGCAAGCUUGAUACAUGACGAUGUGCUAGAUGAAAGUGACAUGAGAAGAGGAAAAGAAACAGUUCAUCAACUCUAUGGUACUCGUGCAGCUGUGCUAGCAGGGGAUUUCAUGUUUGCGCAGUCAUCAUGGUACCUGGCUAAUCUGGAAAAUCUUGAAGUCAUAAAACUCAUCAGCCAAGUUAUCAAAGAUUUUGCAAGUGGCGAAAUAAAGCAGGCUUCCAGCUUGUUCAAUUGUGAUGUGGGGCUUGAUGAGUACUUGACCAAAAGCUACUAUAAGACAGCCUCCUUAAUAGCAGCUAGCACCAAAGGAGCUUCCAUUUUUAGCGGAGUCAACAGUGACACAAGCGAGCAUAUGUAUCAGUAUGGUAAGAAUCUUGGUCUGUCCUUCCAAGUUGUGGAUGACAUACUGGAUUUUACUCAGUCUACUGAGCAACUGGGAAAGCCAGCAGGAAGUGACCUCGCAAAGGGAAACCUUACUGCACCUGUUAUAUUUGCAUUAGACAAAGAACCAAAACUGAGGAACAUCAUUGACUCAGAAUUUUGUGAGAGUGGUUCACUUGACGAAGCUAUUGAGCUAGUGAAGAGAUGUGGGGGAAUUGAAAAGGCUCAAGCUUUAGCUAAAGAAAAAGCUGAUUUAGCAAUCCAAAGUCUCCAGUGCCUUCCUUCUAGUUCCUUUCGGUUGGCCCUGGAAGAAAUGGUGCAAUAUAAUCUUGAAAGAAUCGAGUGAAAAGAACCAAAUCCAAUCCAGUAAGAGGGAAACAAAGACAGUGAAGCUUGUAUCAUAAAAAUGACUGCAUAUGAAAUGAAAUGAUAAUGUGACCAGUAUAGUUCCAUAAGUAGGUCAGCAGCUGCUUAUGGAUGUAUAUAAUACAGUAUGCAGAACUACAGGCAUUCACAGCCUAAUAUUACUUGAAGGAAUUGCACCACAUGGUUGCUUUAUUGUGUGGUCUUGGAGAGUGUUUACACCUCAAAUCUUCAGACCUUUGCUUACGGAGAGGUUAAUAUCAAUAGAUCACUUCG